GACGGCGAGGUCCAAGGUCAGAGGUCGCGGGGCCGUCAUGGCGGCGCUGUGUCGGGCCCGUGCCGCAACUGCCGAGAGCCGUUUCCUGCGAGGGUUUCCCUUCCGUCGGCCCUGCCGAGGCACAGGCACCGGGAGCAGCUCGGGGAGCGAGAGUCCCGAUGCCGCGGAGCCUGAAAUGCGCCAGGGUGGCUUCGCGAGCGCUUUGGAGCGGCACUCGAAGCUGAGGCGGAAGGCGGAGCUCGGGGAGAAGCCGGCUUCUCCAAAAAAUAUGGAAUCCUUUGCAUCUAUGUUGAGACAUUCUCCUCUUACUCAGAUGGGACCUGCCAAGGAUAAACUAGUCAUUGGACGAAUCUUUCAUAUUGUAGAAAAUGAUCUUUAUAUAGAUUUUGGUGGCAAGUUUCAUUGUGUAUGUAGAAGACCAGAAGUGGAUGGAGACAUUAUUUACAGUGGCCAUGAUAUGGAAGCAGCCCAAGUGUCCAUCAAUAAAGCAAUGGAUAAAGAAGAUGUGGUGGGUGUAUGUAUUAAUGGAUGGACCCAAAUAUGGACAGACCUAGAAAGUAUUAUGCUAAAUUCAGAAAUACCAGAAAGGAACCAGAGUCCGGCUGCGACUGUUAGAUCUCGAACUUACGUCUAGGUUCCUGGGAGCGACCACAGAUACAACUAUACUUGAGGCGGAUGCGAUUCUCUUAGGAAUCCAGGAGAGUAAAGACACAAAAUCAUAAGAGGAACAUCAUGAAUAAGAAACAGACUUUGCUUAGUGCAUUCCUUUUUGUUGUUGUUGAACCUACAUAUUCAUCGAGAAUGCAAUUAGAAAAUUGUGAAUAAAUGAUUGAAAGAAGACAUAAUAAAGGAAAGCCAUAAUUACAGCUGUUA